GUCACACACACAUGCCUUCACUCCAGUUCCCGGGAGUCUCCACAAGCUGCCUUCUGCGCCUAGACUGCAGCCCGCCAAGACUUCCUCUGGCUGGCUGUGGGAAACAGCAGCCGGGUUUCAACAGACUCAGCGGACGUAACUCGACGGAUUCGUGUCCCGGCGAACGUCCAUGGAAGCACCGGGCGUCGACAGCCGAGUCCCAGGCGCUGCAGCCGGGGCAGAGUUGCGAUGGUUGGGCGGCAGGCUCCUGGACGCCAACGUAACAGGGGGGUUUGUGGGGUCUCUUUCAUCGAGAAAAGCAGGGGAACAGGACUAUAACCCGGUGUUGCAUCGAGUAGCUCCAGAGACAUCGCCCUGUGCGGAGACAGACGUAGACUAUGAAGGGCUUCCUCAGGAAGUCGCGACCAGCACACACAUGCUGGCAGGAUCCGUAGCUGGAAUCAUGGAGCACUGCCUUAUGUACCCCAUCGACUGUGUCAAGACUCGAAUGCAGAGCCUGCACCCCGAGCACGGAGCACGCUACAGGAACGUGAUGGACGCCCUGCGGCAGAUUGUGCGGACCGAGGGUUUGUGGCGGCCUAUCAGAGGUGUGAAUGUUCUGGCAGUGGGGGCAGGACCUGCCCACGCUCUUUACUUUGCCUGCUAUGAGAAGAUCAAGUUUUCACUCAGUGAUGCCAUUCACCCUGGAGCCAAUAGCCACUUCGCUAAUGGAGUGGCGGGCUGCAUGGCUACAGUGCUGCACGAUGCAGUAAUGAACCCAGCUGAAGUUGUGAAACAGCGAAUGCAGAUGUUCAACUCUCCGUACCGCGGUGUCCUCGACUGCAUGGGAUCCUUGAUGAGGCAGGAAGGCUCAGCAGCUUUCUACCGAAGCUACACCACCCAGCUGACCAUGAACGUGCCCUUCCAGGCGCUUCACUUCAUGACCUACGAGUACCUCCAGGAGCUUCUCAAUCCCCACAGACAGUACAACCCUUCCUCCCACGUGGUGUCAGGCGCCCUGGCCGGAGCUGUGGCCGCCGCCGCCACCACUCCGCUAGAUGUCUGCAAGACCCUUCUUAACACACAGGAGGCUCAGGCCAUACACGUGGUCCAGGCUGAGGCAGCAUCGGCAGCUGGAGCAGUGGGAGCAGCCACCGCCUCAGCACCUGGAAGCCGCCACAUCUCUGGGCUGGGCGAGGCUUUUCGGACUGUGUACAGGAUGGGUGGCACGCCGGCGUUCUUCAAGGGCGUCCAGGCCCGUAUCAUCUACCAGAUGCCCUCCACAGCCAUCAGCUGGUCUGUCUACGAGUUUUUUAAAUACAUCAUCACCAAGCGACAGCACGAGAGAAGGCUGCGUGGAGACCGCGAUGGAGACAAAUAAAAAUUCUGUUUUGGCAAAAGCAACAGAAAGGUCAACGCACCGUAGAGGUAGCUGUUAUCAGUUUUGAUUUCUGAACGUCUAAAAGGUUGAAAAGCUCGAUGAUUUUAGAUUCUCUGAGCUAAAAGUCAAAGCUUAUUGUUUACUUAGAUCGGCCAAGCUAGCUGUGAUCUAGUUCAUAACAGGUGAAGACAAGACGACUGUUAGGAGGACGCUUGUCUUAUUGACUUAAGUACAAGAUGUGGAGUUUAAUCUUCGCUAUAGAACAGGCCUUGAAAUCUACAACAGGAAGUCCUGCUUUCCCAAACUCACCCCAUUACAUCCUCACGCUUUAUCUAUAUUUCAUUUUAGUGUUCAACUUGACAAGCUUCUUUUAUUAGCUUUCAAAAAGCAAUUUAUUUAUGGACUAUGAACUCUGUACAUUUGAAUUUGGCAAUUUGAACAAAAAAAAAAUACUCUGCAUCCCUCAGUCACCUACAAGCAGUUUCUUACAGUUAAAACCUUUUAUUUAUUUUUGCACUGAAGGACAUAAACAGCUAGCAGUCGCUCUGAUGGGAAAACUGGGUUCAAAAUCCAUAAAGCUCAAAGUCAGCACUUUGACCUCACUGUAACUAUCCAGUGUGUUUGAACAAGAACAAAAAUGUCCUCCUAUUCAAGUGCUCAAGAACUGCUCUGUAAAGUGAUUUAACCCUCCCCCCUUCACUGCACAUGUUGCACUUCUGAAAAGUAUUACUACACGUAUACCUUCUGACCACAGGGGGGCGCACAGCUUCACAAGCAAAUUAACUUGAGGUUCUAGAAACUGAUAUAUCAUAUCCAUUUGACUACUUGAGCUGUUUAACAGUAACUUUUCACUCAGAGGAGACCGAAAAAUGUUGAAGAGAGUUUAUUAUAAAUGGAAUUAGUUACUAGUUGAAUUUACCCAAAUGCCGCUGAUGUGGGCAAGACAGCCUGUGAUUUGUUAAUUUCCUUUAAAAUAAUUAAUUUUGGAUUGACUACAUUUAAGUUUGCAAGCCUUGAGUGAAACAGCUGUAUGAGUGUGUGUGUGUGUGUGUGUGUAUGUGUGUGUGUGUGUCUAACAGUGACUGGAUGAGUGGACAUUCAGCUUCAUACAGCUCAGCAGCGACUCUGACCAGAACUGAUGUUAACACAGCAUGUCGCCGGGAAACACUGCACACCAUAAUAGUGCAAGCACGUCAUGGAACCCCUUGUCUUCCUUUACAACGAACAUUUCAUACAGGUACGAGCAGCUGUGGGGCUAUGCGGCACAAAAUUUAGAGAUACACUUUUUUUUAGUUCCAAGGAAAAAUAGAUUAGAUUUAACUUAUCUGGAAAUUAAAGUGAAUGAUGUAUUGUUUAUGGUUGAAUAAAAAUCAUACCAGCUGCAUUUCAUCUUUCACUACAGUAUUCCAUUUGUAAUUUGUCUGUGUACAGUGAGUCACAAAAGACAUGAAAAAAUAUUAACCUUUAUUAUUUUAUUUAUUUCAUUACAUAAAAAAACCCUUUAUAUUAAUGACAGGGCAAUACAUUGAUUUAACCAAUCAUCUCAAAUUCCUGUUUCCAAUGUUUGUAAGUCUAUGUAGACGGGUGAGGCAGCAGCAUGGCUGACUGUAGUAAGGUAUGUGUCAUGCACAGGUGGAGGUAGACAGUGUGUCUCUAGUGUAACUUAGCCAUCUUCUUUGUACUGUCCUUCAAAGGGAAAUGACAUCAUAUUAUAGUUUGUUUCAAUUAUCUGACUUUUGUCAUGAUUGGCCCCAGACAACAGUAAGAUUUGUUCCAAGGACAGUAUGAAUGAGUGUCAUGUACUCAAGCGUGAUGAGGAUUUUUCAGAACUGAGACAUACCUGAAUGAUGCUACAGAUUUCUGGUCAGAGCCGUCAGAGUUUCUUAUCUUUACAGAUUUGAUUGCUUAGAUUGUAAAAUAGAUUUUUGUUCUGAUAAAAGGUACACAUUAAAAAGAAUAUGCCACGAAAGAGACUGCAUCUGAAACUGUCUGCGCUGCAAGACAAGAAGCAAAUCCUCCUGUAUAAGUUCAGUUUCAGAAGCAAAAUCUUUUAUCACAGAUGCAGUGAAACAGUAAUCUCUACAUAAAGUCUUAUUUAGUUUUAUUUUCUGUUUUAAAACUGCACAGCAUCCUAGCACUUAAAAUUCAAACUGAUUUUUCUUUGUUUGGACAAAAAUCCUUCAGACAACAAGUACAGAGAACAGAAUCUCUUCAACACAUGCCUUCAGUAAGCCGCCCAUACAUUCAACGCACAUGUGAGAGCCUCACAUAGAGAAGUUAUAUUGUGUUUGCAAGCCAUAGAAGAGUGUACAUAAGAAAUGUAUAUGAAAACUAUAUCUAUAAAUAUGGAAAAAUAUAGAGAAGCCCAAACUGUAUAACCAGCUGAAUUUUGAGCGAACCUGUAACCUUAAGAUAUACAAAACUUCAGAAGUUCUUGUAAGGCUGAGUUUUAAAUUCAGCAUUUUAUAGAAAGUGCAUAAAUCCUCAUGAGGAAAGUGACGGCAAAGGAAAACAAGAAUAAUAUUAUAUUCAGACAGACGGUGUGUAUGUGUGUGAGGAAAUAAUGAGAUGGUGUAUAAAAAAUGAAUCUAGAAGUGUUCCUCGUGAAGCCAAGUUUUCUGAUUGGGAAACCAAAGACUGCGAGCAAUAGAGACUUUAGAGGGAGUGGUGGUUUGUCAGAUGACGGCACUAAUGUGAAAUGCUUGAACACUGAGAAUGAGACCUGUAUUUUGUGAAUUGUAAAUAAAUUUCGCUAAGGCAGCUACCUCGCAGAAGCAGGGUCUUCUCUUGGUGCUGGCUCUCGAAGCGCUCAGAGAAAUUCAA